UUUAUUUUUCUUUGGUUGGACAGAGUAGACGGUUGGUUCAAAAAAGAUGGCGAUUGGUACAAUUCCUUCUUUAUUUUAAUAUGUUUUCUUUUUUCAAUUUCAUAUUUACAAAAGAUGCAUAAAUAAUUGGCAUAAAUUAAGGACCAUUAUGCAGGCAGCAGGGGACACAUUCAUACCAGCAUCACAAAGACCAGAUGGAACUUGGCGAAAAGCAAGACGUGUAAAGGAAGGUUAUGUACCCCAAGAGGAAGUCCCACUGUACGAAAGUAAAGGGAAACAGUUUGUGAGUCAAUCAUCAAAACCGCAAAGGAUUACGUUACCUUCAGGUGAGGUAGCUCAGCAAACCAUACCAGGCUUGUAUAUAAUUGCAGACAAAGGUAAAACGAAAAAGAAGCAAACGAAAAAUGUCGACGAAAUUGUAAAACAAGUGGAUAAAAUCAAAAUAGUCGAUGCUCCAAUUAAAGCAAAGGUAAAAGUUGCCAAAGCUCCGACCGAAAAACCCACCAAACCGACAGAACAGUCAAACAAUCAUGAUGUGGACCCUGUUAAACGUCUGCGUAAUUUGAAAAAGCGUCUGCGUGAAGCCGAACAAUUGGAGGAAAAUUUAAAAAACGGUCUGCUAACAAAACCCGAACCUGAUCAAUUAGCAAAAGUACAAAGAAAAAAUGACAUAUUAAUGCAAAUAUACGAAUUGGAGAAAAAAGUGUGAUAAUGCAAUAAUUUCUUUGUGUGCCGAUUUUUAUUAGUAGCAACUUAGUGUGUAUUGUAUAUAAGUGUUUGCAAUGUUAAAUGCCAUAAAUCGUCACGAAAUUAAAACAAAUUUACCUUGUUGAAA